AUGGACGGCACCCUUAUCGAUUCGGAGUCACAGUAUGCUGUGAUGCUGAAGGAGAUCUGUGCUAGACAUGGCAAGAAGUACACGCCGGAUUUAGAAGCAAAAUACACGGGAGGUACGGACCAAGAGAUCUGCACAGGUUUGGUGAAGGACCUGCACAUGAAUUGCACAGCAGAUCAGUUGGAGUCUGAACUACGAGAGCUGUGUCGGGUAAAGCUGCCUCUAGCUCCAUUGACCAAAGGGGCUGAAAGACUGCUGAAGCAUCUCCGCGCCAGUGGCAUUUUGUUCGCUUUAGCUACAAACUCGACGCGACAGUCUGUACGCCUCCACAUCCAUGCUAAGCCUAAACUAUUCGCUAUGUUCCAUCACAUGGUUUGUGCCGGCGAUCCUGAAGUGGACCGCGGGAAGCCACACCCUGACAUCUACCUGAUGGCUGCGGCCAAGUUUCCUGAUAAACCGAAGCCGGUGAAGUGCCUCGUAUUCGAAGAUUCAGUGUGUGGCCUGGAGGCAGGACUUGCAGCUGGGAUGCAGGUUGUCAUGACACCACCGAAGCAUAUACCGCCGCACCAAUACCGCAAGGCUACCCUAGUUUUGAAAUCACUACAGGACUUCAGACCCGAAUAUUUUGGGCUCCCCCCAUUCCAGGAGGACAUUCAUAAAAGACCAACGCUCUUAUAA